GAGGCUCUCUCUCCCACUCUCUCCUGCUGUCUGUGUGCAUGGCUCAGGUCUGCUGCAGCAAGUGAGCACAUGUCCAGAGCAAACACAGUAUUUUUGCAGAUACUACUGACAAGGAUUGAAUCUCUCCACCAACCAGACUUUGGGACAUUGCUUCUACCAACCUGCACACACAUCCUGGACAUCUGCAUUCAAUCAAAUGCAUUUACUGGAACUGGAUCAGUUUGAGCUUACUUUGCACACAUCCAAAUGUGCAGCUUGCCAUAUACUAUCUGGGUUCUGCGAAGUGUACAUGUCAACUUGCAGGCAGGUGUGAUGCUGGGUCAGUGUGUUUGAUCGCCUAUAGAAACACACACGGAUGCAUCUGCAGAGACCAGGACAUCAAAUGAGGACAUCCAAUCCUUUCAGAAAAAAUCAUUUUGAGUCUCAGCCCUGUGCUUGACAGAUGCUGCUGGAGAUUUAACAUGUGCAUUGUUUUAGAACAAUGCUCUCCUCUUCUCACACAUUGUAGUGAAAUAUCACACCCAAGCUGCUUUGAUUUACUGCAUAAUUGGGUCAAGAGCCAAUUUAUCCUAAUCUGAAAGACAGUAUCUUCAAACCAUGGCCCUACAGACCUGUAAUUUGCAUCACUCCUUGGUUUCUCACCUCCUUCCCUUUGUCCUGCUGUUACUUCUCCAUGCCUGGGGAGGGUGCUGUCACCCCCAGUGUUUGGAUUACAAGCCUCCGUUUGAGCCCCGACAGCCACUGGUCUUCUGUAAAGAGUAUAGCAAGUUUGGAUGCUGCGAUCUGGAAAAAGAUGGAGAAAUAUCAGCCAAGUUUUACACCAUCAUGGAAAACUUUGACCAUUCAGGUUAUGAAGCCUGUGGCAGGUACAUACGCAGCAUCCUCUGCCAGGAGUGUUCUCCAUACUCGGCCCACCUGUUCGAUGCUGAAGAUGCUAACACGCCCAUGCGGAUGCUGCCUGGCCUCUGCGGGGAUUACUGCUCCAGCUACUGGAUGCAGUGUCGCUACACGCUCAGCCUCCUUUUGGAGGACUCGGGGAACCCGCAGCAGUUUGCAAACCUGACUGCAACGAUAGAAGAAGACCGCAAAAAGUUUUGUGACUAUCUGGAGCUGAAGGACAAGCAGUACUGCUAUCCUAAUGUGUUGACAAAUACAGAGCUGAAUGCUAACCUUGGCUUGGUCCGUGAAGAUCCCACGGGAUGUCUGGAGCUGUGUUUGCAAGAGGUUGCCAACGGGCUCCGUAACCCUGUGGCCAUGAUUCACGCAGAAGACGGGACUCAUCGAUUCUUCGUGGCGGAGCAGCUUGGUUAUGUGUGGGUGUAUCUGGCCAACGGCUCCAGGAUCGACCGGCCUUUCCUUAACCUCACCCAUGCCGUCCUCACAUCACCGUGGGCAGGAGAUGAGAGAGGAUUCCUCUGCAUAGCCCUACACCCAAGGUUUGAUGAGGUCAAGAAAGCCUAUGUGUACUACUCUGUGUCAGUAAAGAAGGAGGAGAGGAUACGUGUCAGCGAAUUCACUCUGCUAACAACCGAUGACAACCAACUAGAUCACUCAUCUGAGAGGACUAUUCUUGAGGUGGUAGAGCCAGCAUCCAAUCACAAUGGAGGGCAGCUUCUAUUUGGCCGUGACGGGUACCUGUACAUCUUCAUCGGUGAUGGUGGCCGAGCUGGAGACCCAUUUGGAAAGUUUGGCAACUCACAGAACAAAUCAACACUCCUCGGGAAGGUGCUGCGUCUUGAUGUGGACAACAAUGACGAUGGCACCCCGUACAGCAUCCCCUCUGACAACCCUUUCUUGCACGAGAAAGAAGCUCGACCCGAGAUUUAUGCCUAUGGAGUUCGCAACAUGUGGCGUUGCUCCAUCGACCGAGGUGACCCCACCACAGGCCGAGGCGGAGGCAGGAUGUUUUGUGGUGACGUAGGCCAAAACAAAUUUGAGGAGGUGGACCUUAUUGUAAAAGGAGGGAACUACGGAUGGAGGGCCAAAGAAGGCUUCAGCUGCUACGAUCGCAAACUCUGUCUAAACUCCUCGCUAGAUGACAUCCUGCCUAUCUUUGCAUACCCCCACAAGCUGGGCAAAUCAGUGACGGGAGGUUACAUCUACAGAGGCUGUCAGAUGCCCAACCUCAACGGACUCUACAUCUUUGGGGAUUUCAUGAGUGGGCGUCUGAUGUCUCUGAAGGAGAAUGUCGCUUCAGGUGAAUGGCAGUACAGAGAGAUCUGCAUGGGAGGAGACCAGACCUGCAGAUUCCCAAAACUCAUCAACAGUUAUUAUAAAUACAUCAUCUCUUUUGCUGAGGAUGAAGCAGGUGAACUGUAUUUCUUGGCCACUGGAGUGGCGAGUGCCAAGGCCAGAGCAGGAGUCGUCUAUAAGAUAGUGGAUCCUUCCAGGCGAGCAGCACCAGGAAAAUGCAGCUUCAAACCUGCUCCUGUUAAGAUAAAAGGAAAACUGGUUCACUUCUACCCCAAAGAAGAGUUCGUAAUCAACAAGAAACCAACAACCACACCAAUACCAACAACAUCCACAAGAAAAGCUACAACAACAACAAAAACACCCCCAAGAAGAAAAACACCAAUUAUUAUUAUCAAACCACCAAUGCCAACAAGAAAAACAAUAAAAACAACAUUACAGACAACAAGAAAAACACCCCCAACAACAGCACUAAAAACAACAUCAAAAACAACAAUCAAACCAACAACCGUACCAACAACUGUCCAGAAGGCCAUGGAAACAACCCCCGCCCCAACCACACCCACCGGUUAUCGCACAACCAUCAUGACUGCGGCCUUCACUAGGAGUGCUCAAACACCAAUCAUCCCCACAUCUCCAACCAGGAAACACGGGAGACCCCUUCAAUACGCUCCUAUUACCACCUCCAAACCUUUAACAUCAGCACAACCUCCCCCUUCCCCAUCCACAACAUCCAUGAAACGCCCCAAGGUGGCUUUGACCUCUGAGCGCCCGGCAGAGUUGACCACACCACAGCCGCAGUAUUGGAGUCUGAAACCCACGACAUCAGGAUACAAGCCCCAGAGACCGCCGAUCAACACAACACCGACCAAAACACAAGAAGAGGGGCUGCGGCUCGGAGAGAAGCUGGAAAACACCGGAGGGGCUAACCAAGUAUACAAGAGGACCCGAGGAAGAAGUCGAGGUUCGAAGAGAGGAAGAGGAGGGAGAGGAGGAAGAAAGCUGCGUGCCGGCUCGGUGCGACUGGUGACCACUGAUGGAUUAUCAGAUCGAGGCAGACUGGAGAUCUUUAUCCGUGGGGAGUGGGGGACGGUAUGCGAUGACCUUUUCACCAGCAAAGCAGGUUCUGUGGUGUGUCGACAGCUCGGCUUCACCACGGCGUUUGCGGUGAUGAAGAGGGCUGCCUUGGGGGAAGCGGACCGUAACGUCAGGAUCCUGUUGGACGACGUGGAGUGUGAGGGCGGGGAGAGGUCGCUGCUGGAGUGCAAGAGAUCCAGGGUGGGGAAACACAACUGCUCACAUGGGGAAGAUGUAGGGGUGAUCUGCGGUUAG